AUGGUUCACAUAUUCAACGUUGGUACCCGAGCAUGGCAGCCGGACCCGACAGAAGGAUGGGUAGGCUCUGAGCUUGUUGAGAAGUUGGUGGAUGGGGACAAAGUCGUUCUGGUCUUUUCCCUGGAAAACGGAGAGACCAAGACAAUCGAAACGACAGAAGCUGAAUUGCAGCUGGACAACAAUGGAUCCCUUCCGCCGCUAAUGAAUCCAUCCAUGUUGGAGGCCAGUGAGGACCUGACGAAUCUAUCCCAUUUGAAUGAACCAGCUGUGCUACAAGCCAUCAAGCUCCGAUAUGCUCAAAAGGAAAUUUAUACAUACAGCGGUAUUGUUCUCAUCGCAACGAAUCCAUUUGCUCGUGUCGAUUCGCUCUACGUCCCGCAGAUGGUUCAGGUAUAUGCCGGGAAACAGCGGGCCACACAAGCUCCUCAUCUUUUUGCUAUUGCUGAGGAAGCAUUCUCUGAUAUGUUGAGAGACGGCCGAAAUCAAACGAUCGUUGUGUCCGGCGAAUCCGGAGCAGGAAAGACUGUGAGCGCGAAAUAUAUCAUGAGAUAUUUUGCCACUAGAGGGACUCCCAACCAGGGAUCAUACAAUGCGGGAAGGGCGGAUUCAAUCAGUGAGACAGAGGAGCAAAUUUUGGCAACAAAUCCGGUCAUGGAGGCGUUCGGAAAUGCAAAGACUACACGUAACGACAAUUCUUCCCGAUUCGGAAAAUACAUUGAGAUUAUGUUUGACGACAAGACAAAUAUUAUUGGCGCGAAAAUAAGAACAUAUCUCCUUGAGCGUUCAAGACUUGUCUUCCAACCUCUGAAAGAGAGAAAUUACCAUAUUUUCUACCAACUAGUUGUUGGAGCUACGGACUCGGAACGGCAAGAGUUGGGCCUCUUGCCCAUUGAAGAAUUCGAGUAUCUGAAUCAAGGAGGUGCUCCAAUGAUCGAUGGGGUUGACGAUAAAGCCGAAUUUGACGCCACAAGGAAAUCACUUACGACAAUAGGCGUAGCAAAGGAGACCCAGACUGAUAUAUUCCGCAUCCUAGCCGCUCUCCUACACCUAGGAAAUGUUAAAAUUCAGGCCACUCGAAGUGAUUCUUCUCUUUCUUCCACGGAACCGUCUCUUGUGCGCGCAUGCGAGAUGCUGGGUAUAGAAGCGGGCGAGUUCUCAAAAUGGAUUGUGAAAAAGCAGCUUAUCACUCGCGGCGAAAAAAUUACAUCGAAUCUUACCCAGCAACAGGCUGUAGUUGUCCGAGAUUCCGUUGCGAAAUUCAUUUACUCAAGCUUGUUCGAUUGGGUAAAUUCCUUCAUUGGAGUUCUAGAUAUUUAUGGUUUCGAACAUUUCGCCAAAAACUCCUUCGAACAAUUUUGCAUCAAUUAUGCCAACGAGAAGUUGCAGCAAGAAUUCAAUCAGCAUGUGUUCAAACUCGAGCAGGAAGAAAACCUCGAUCGGGACACUGUUCCGGAUGAGCAUAUGGAAAUACUCCGUAAAUCCUCCAACGGCUUUGUGAAAGCCGUUCUCGAAGCAGCAUCCGCUGUACGUGAGAAGGACUCCGCGGCAGUGUCCUCGCGCCCAGUUGCAGCACCAGGGCGGAAGAUCGGUGUUGCAGUCAAUCGCAAACCUACGCUUGGCGGCAUCUUCAAGUCAUCUUUGAUUGAGCUUAUGAACACCAUCAACUCGACUGAUGUUCAUUAUAUUCGCUGUAUAAAACCUAAUGAGGGCAAGGAAGCGUGGAAGUUUGAAGGGCCCAUGGUUCUUAGCCAGUUGAGAGCGUGUGGUGUACUUGAAACGGUUAGGAUAAGCUGCGCUGGCUACCCGACCCGCUGGACAUACGAAGAAUUUGCUCUCCGCUACUACAUGCUCUGCCACUCUUCUCAAUGGACGUCUGAAAUUCGUGACAUGGGUCAUGCAAUUUUGCGAAAAGCUCUUGGCGAUGCCAGCCAUCAGCAAGAUAAAUACCAGCUCGGCUUGACAAAGAUCUUUUUCCGAGCAGGCAUGCUUGCUUUCCUUGAGAAUCUCCGCACUUCGCGGUUGAAUGAAUGUGCAACAAUGAUCCAGAAGAACUUGAAAUGCAAGUACUAUCGCCGCAGAUACCUUGAGGCUCGCGAGUCUAUCCUUACUACACAAAGUGUGAUCAGAGGGUUCUUGGCGAGACAGCGCGCCGAGGAGAUUCGUUGUAUUAAAGCCGCCACAACAAUUCAAAGAGUUUGGCGUGGUCAGAAGGAGCGAAAACAUUAUGUCAGUAUUCGGAACAAUAUCGUUCUUUUCGAGUCCGUUGCGAAAGGUUACCUUUGCCGGCGCAACAUCAUGGAUACCAUCCUUGGAAAUGCAGCCAAGACCAUUCAGCGUGCAUUCCGAUCCUGGCGUUCAAUCCGUGCUUGGAGACAAUACCGCAAGAAAGUCAUUAUUAUUCAGAAUCUUUACAGAGGAAGAAAGGCACGGCUUCUGUACAAGAAGUUGCGUGAAGAGGCAAGGGAUCUUAAACAAAUAUCUUAUAAACUAGAAAACAAGGUCGUUGAACUUACUCAAUCCCUUGGGACUCUUAAGCGAGAGAACAAGACUCUUACAACACAACUCGAGAAUUAUGACAGCCAGCUCAAAUCCUGGAGAAGUCGACACAAUGCACUGGAAGCUCGCAGCCGAGAGCUACAAGCCGAGGCGAACCAAGCUGGUAUUGCCGCUGCACAGUUGACUGCCUUGGAAGAAGACAUGAAUAAAUUGCAACACAACCAUGCCGAGGCAUUGGCCACCGUCAAGCGACUACAGGAAGAAGAAAAGGUGUCGCGCGAAUCUCUCAAGGUGGCAACUGCCGAGCUUGAAAAACUGAGACAAGCCAAUGCUGACCACGAAGUCGAGAAAGAAUCCCUUCGCCAGUUAAUCACUGAAUUACAGGAUGAACUAGAGCUUGCUAAGAGGGCUGUACCUGUCAAUGGGGUUAGUGGAGAUCUUCAGAACGGGGUCACCUCUCAACCUGGUAUUACUGGGUUAAUCAAUCUGGUUUCAUCCAAGAAGCCGAAGCCGAAGAGACGGAGUGCUGGCACGGAGAAGAUAGACGUCGAUCGGUUCAGCGGUGCUUAUAACCCACGGCCAGUAUCGAUGGCUGUGCCUAGCGCUGGCCGCCGUUCCAAUCUAUCUGGUUCUACUUUUGCCCCAGGAGUGGACUCUAUUGAAAUGGAACUGGAGACGUUGUUAUCUGAAGAAGACGAGCUCAACGACGAAGUUACGAUUGGUCUUAUCCGCAACCUUAAAAUUCCUCUUCCUGGCUCUACUCCACCACCAACCGAGAAAGAGGUUCUCUUCCCCUCAUACCUUAUUAAUCUUGUUACGUCCGAGAUGUGGAAUAAUGGCUUUGUCAAGGAAUCCGAACGCUUCCUUGCUAAUGUAAUGCAAUCUAUUCAGCAAGACGUCCUGCAGCAUGAAGGUGAAGAUGCAAUUAACCCUGGCGCGUUCUGGCUUUCCAACGUUCACGAGAUGCUAUCCUUUGUUUUCCUGGCUGAGGAUUGGUAUGCGGCUCAGAAAACCGAUAGUUACGAAUACGAUCGUCUUUUGGAAAUUGUGAAACAUGAUCUAGAGAGCUUGGAAUUCAAUAUAUACCACACUUGGAUGAAAGUUUUGAAACAAAAACUUUACAAGAUGGUUGUCCCCGCAAUUAUCGAGUCGCAAUCACUUCCAGGAUUCGUUACCAAUGAAACUAACCGCUUCCUCGGGAAACUCCUCCCAUCUAACACCCCUGCUUAUAGUAUGGACAAUCUCUUGAGCCUUCUUAACAAUGUAUACAAGGCGAUGAAGGCGUACUAUCUUGAGGACUCUAUCAUCUUGCAAACAGUCAAUGAGCUACUCCGUCUUGUCGGCGUCACGGCAUUCAACGAUCUCCUAAUGAGAAGAAAUUUCUUGUCCUGGAAGCGUGGUCUACAGAUCAAUUACAAUAUCACUCGGAUUGAGGAAUGGUGCAAGAGCCAUGACAUGCCGGAAGGAACCCUGCAGCUCGAACACCUCAUGCAAGCGACGAAAUUGCUUCAGCUCAAGAAGGCAACUCUCAACGAUAUCGAGAUCAUUCAAGAUAUUUGCUGGAUGCUCUCGCCAAAUCAAAUUCAAAAGCUCCUCAACCAGUACCUGGUCGCCGACUACGAACAGCCUAUUAACGGCGAAAUCAUGAAAGCUGUUGCCUCUCGCGUCACUGAGAAGAGUGAUGUCCUCCUCUUAACCGCUGUUGACAUAGAAGAUAGCGGGCCCUACGAAAUCGCCGAGCCACGCUCAAUUAAUGCUUUGGAAACAUAUACCCCAUCAUGGCUCCAAACACCCCGUCUAAAACGCCUUGCAGAGAUUGUCUCCAUACAAGCAAUGGCACAGCAAGAGAAGCUUGACAUGGCUGAUGGCCCCGACGCCCCCAGCGAUUCCUCAUAA